AGCCAUUUGGGCGCAAGCCUGGCCAGGGCGUUUCUCAGUUCCGCACGGCGGCACGAGCAUAGUCCGCAGGCAUGCCUUCCUCCGCGGCAAACGGGGCGCCACGGAACGCGCCGCGACAGCCCCACGGCACAGGCCGGGCGCCGCGGGCGGGCGAGGGGCAAGGCCGCGCCUUCGAGCCGAGCCCGAUCUUUCACAAGACGAGCCUGUGCAAGUUCUUCGCGGUGGGCGCGUGCUCCCGGGGCUCGCGGUGCAAGUUCGCCCACGGCUCCACGGACCUCGUGCAGGCCCCAGACUUCACGAAGACCCAGUACUGCCCCUCCGUCCUGUCGGGUGCCCGGUGCGAGGCCGGACGACGGUGCACCUUCGCGCACAGCCCAGGGGAGCUCCGGCCCUGGGCCGACGGCGACGGCCGCCGCGCCGGCGGCGCGGCAGCGCCCAGCGGCGCCUUGGCCGCCGCCGCGGCAGCGGCGCCCGUCACACGCAGGGGGCUCGUCCUUCAAGACCUUCGUGCUCAGGGCCCUCCUGGUGAAGCGGGCGAGGCGGCGAGGAGCUCCAAAGCCGGCGGGCCGGCGGCGCCGGCGCCCGGCCCGCAGGACGCUCUCCCUGGGGUUCGCAUAGAGCUCGUGGAGAUUCUGCGCCACCGAAUGGACCAGCAGCGGGCCUACAGCGAGGCGCGCGGGAGCGAGGGUUGCGCGCACUCGAGGCAGGCAACGACGGAGAGAGGCGGCCCCUCCGGGCAGGCCACGGCGGAGGGAGGCGGCGUUGCUUCCAGCGCGCAGUCGGGGCCGGCCACGCUGGGGGGGCGGAGCGGUUCCCAGUGGAGCGCCAGUGGAGCGUCCUCCAGUGGAGCGGGCGGCGCGACGGGGGGGCGAGGCAACUCUUCCAGUGGAGAGCGAAGAGGCGGCUCCCCCGACGCCGAGGACGGGCCAGGCCGCGUCGCGUGGAGCAGGCAGCACACCACCGGCGGAAGGGCGAGCCGUCAGGUCAAGAACACCUUCAUGGACUGCAUGUCCUCUUCGUCCUCGUCGGACGGGGAGGCUGUCCUGCCUCUGCGCCGAGCCCAGUCGUCGCCGACGUUGACGCUGGCGCUCCAGUCGUCGCCGACGUCGAUGUGUGACGCUCUGUGA